AAAUAAACUUUGUUGAUGACCCGGCAGCGUACCCCGGUGUGUGCCUCACGUCGCUGGGCCGCAUGACGUGUGUAGAUGAUAAAACUUACUGUGUAGAAAAAAGACAUCGUUUUAGCUGCGUUAUUUUAUUUUAAAAGUCAAAGUUAGCGUAAUAGAAAUGCCUAAGAAAACGAAAGAAGGUGCAGAGUGGGUGGACGAUGAAGUCGCCCCGGCAGCUGAUAAAACUGUGAAAAAGGGAAAGAAAGAUAAAAAGGGGAAGAAAAGUUUCUUUGAAGAACUUGCUACGGAUACCAAACCUGAGAAGGUAGACGAGGUGGCUGUGAGAGACGCACAAGGAAAACAGUCUCAGAAAAAGAAGAAGGACCGGCGGAAAGCAAAAGGUGGGGAUGCUGAUGAGGAGGAUGUCAUGCUGAAGCUGAAAAAGCUCUCGGUGCAAGCCAGCGACGAGGAAGAUGAGCCAGUCCUUGCCCCCAGUAAAGGAAGCAAGAAGAAUAAGGGUGGAAACAUCUUUGCUGCUCUCAGCCAGUCCCAGAGUGAUGAGGAUGAGGAUGCUGAUUUGGAUGAAGAAGAUAAACCAGCCAAAAAGUCACCAGAAAAUGAUGAGGACAAGAAGCCAAAGAAGGGGAAGAAAGAGCAACACAAGAAAGGAAAACCUGCAGAAGGAUCACGCAGCGAGGAUGAAGAUGAGGAGGAGGAGGAGGAGGAGGAUAGUGACGGAGGUGACAUGAUGAAGAGUGCUGAGGAUGUCAUUGCAGAACAGGCCAAGCAGCAGGAAGACGACCCGUUUGCUAACCUUAGCAAAAAGGAGAAGAAGAAGAAAAAGAAACUGAUGGAGUAUGAGCGUCAGGUGGCCAGUAUUCGUGCUCAGAAUGCCUUGGAGGGAGAUUUCUCCAUUUCCCAGGCUGAGAUGUCCUCCAGACAGGCCAUGCUAGAGAACGCCUCUGAUAUCAAGCUGGAGAAGUUCAGCAUCUCUGCUCACGGAAAGGAGCUUUUCGUUAACGCUGACCUUCUGAUUGUGGCCGCAAGAAGAUAUGGUUUGGUGGGACCAAAUGGCAAAGGAAAGACCACGUUACUGAAACACAUAGCCAACAGAGCUCUCAGUAUUCCCCCCAACAUUGAUGUGCUGCUGUGUGAACAGGAGGUGGUAGCUGAUGACACGCCGGCGGUGCAGGCGGUGCUGAAGGCAGAUACCCGCCGUCUGAAGCUUCUGGAGGAGGAGAGACAGCUCCAGGCUCUUCUGGAGAAGGGAGAGGACAGCGUGGCUGAAAGGCUGGACAAGGUCUAUGAAGAGCUGAGGGCGAUUGGAGCUGCAGCAGCUGAAGCCAAGGCCAGACGGAUCCUGGCUGGUCUGUCAUUCACCCCUGAGAUGCAGAACAGACCCACCAAGAGGUUCUCUGGAGGCUGGAGAAUGAGAGUCUCCCUCGCCAGAGCUCUGUUCAUGGAACCCACUCUACUGAUGCUGGAUGAACCCACCAACCACCUGGACCUGAACGCCGUCAUCUGGCUCAACAACUACCUUCAAGGCUGGAAGAAGACUCUCCUUAUAGUUUCCCACGACCAGAGUUUCCUUGACGAAGUGUGCACAGACAUCAUCCACUUAGACUACCAGAAACUCUUCUACUACAGAGGGAACUACUUGACUUUCAAGAAGAUGUACGUGCAGAAGCAGAAAGAAAUGCAGAAACAGUAUGACAAGCAGGAGAAGAAACUCAAAGACCUGAAGGCUGGUGGCAAGUCCACCAAACAAGCUGAGAAGCAAACUAAGGAGGCGUUGACCAGAAAGCAGCAGAGAGGCAAGAAGAAGGGCGCUCAGGAGGAGGAGAGCCAGGAUGCCACAGAGCUGCUCAAGAGGCCCAAAGAGUACACUGUCAAGUUCACCUUCCCCAACCCACCUCCUCUCUCACCACCCAUACUGGGUCUACACAGUGUUGACUUUGGCUACGACACUCACAAGCCUCUCUUCAAAAACGUGGAAUUUGGAAUCGACAUGGACUCCAGGAUUUGUAUAGUUGGACCCAAUGGUGUUGGGAAGAGUACCCUACUGCUGCUGCUCACUGGGAAAUUACAUCCUACUAAAGGUGAGAUGAGGAAGAAUCAUCGCUUGAAAGUGGGCUUCUUUAACCAGCAGUAUGCUGAUCAGUUGAACAUGGAGGAGACUGCCACAGAGUACCUGAUGAGGAACUUUAACCUUCCCUACCAAGACGGCAGGAAGUGCCUGGGACGUUUUGGCCUGGAGAGCCACGCCCACACCAUUCAGAUCUCCAAACUGUCCGGUGGUCAGAAGGCCAGAGUAGUGUUUGCUGAACUGUCCUGUCGUCAGCCUGAUGUACUCAUCUUGGAUGAACCCACCAACAAUUUGGACAUUGAGUCAAUCGAUGCCUUAUCAGAGGCCAUCAAUGAAUAUAAAGGAGCUGUGAUCAUUGUGAGUCACGACGCCCGGCUCAUCACAGAGACUCAGUGCCAGAUGUAUGUAGUGGAGGACUGUACGGCCAACCAGAUCGAUGGAGACUUUGAUGAUUACAAGCGGGAGGUCCUGGAGUCUCUGGGAGAGACCAUGGUCAACAAAGUCAACCCAUGAUCAGAGCCGCUGCACUUUGUCCCUCUGUCAUACGCUAAAUACACCAUCUGGGAGCCAUCGGCAUGUCUCUCACAGCAACACUGAUAAUUAAACUGUUGGAUGUGUGGCGGGCUUUCUAUUCUUUCUUCUGGACUGUCACAUCUUUAACGGCAUGGAGUUGGACAGAUACUGGAGUGUUCAUUUCUAUUAAUAUGGUGGGAGGUAAAAAAUAUCUGGUCAAGAUCUACUAAAGCCAAACAAUAAAACAAUUUUUCAUCAUG